UUCUAGGGAGCUGCACCUCUAGUUUUCAACAUCGUCCAUCUCCCUUCCAUAUUCCUCCGGCACAACCACCAUCAUGCCGCCGAAGCGCAUGACAGCAAACCCCGUCAAGCCGGCCCGGUACCGCGCCGGCAAGCCUGCCGCACCAGAGGCCUCGGACUCGGAUUCGGAUGGCAGCGAUGAUGAGACCAACGAGGCCGAGACCCAGGCCAGAGCGAUUCCACCGCCACCAAAAGCUUCGAGCGCCGCCAAGAUCGCUGGUAGCCUCAGCAAGGUCAAUCUCGACGAGCGCAGACGCGAGGCACAGGAAAAAGAGAACCAGAGAAUAGCACGCGAAAAGGCAGAACGGCUCGCCGCUGAAGAGGGCUUCGUGACGGAGGAAGAAGAGGAAGAGGAAGCCGUCGAUGGCGAAGGAGAGGAAAGUUCCAGCGAAGAGGAGAGCUCCAGCGAAGAAGAAGCCCCCCGCCGUCUCAUGAUCCGACCGAAAUUCAUCCCCAAGAACCAACGCAAUGCAACCAAAGAACAAUCCGGUGGAGCAAAGGACGACGAUGCGCGGUAUGCUGAGGAGGAAGCCCGCCGCAAGGCCGCCGCGGACGCAAUCGUCGAGGAGCAGAUAAAAAAGGAUCUCGCAGCGCGCGCAGCGGGUAAGAAGCACUGGGACGACGAUGAGGCGUCGGGCUCGGACGUCGACACGACGGAUGACCUUGACCCGGAGGCGGAGCUGGCGGCGUGGAAGCUGCGGGAGCUGAAGCGUGUAAAGCGCGACCGCGACCGCAUCGCCGAGCAGGAGGCCGAGUACGCCGAGCGCGAGCGGCGGCAGAACCUGACGCAGGAGGAGCGCGAUGCCGAGGACGCUGAGAAGCUCGCGCGGCAGCAGGAGGAGAAGGACGCCAAGGGCAAGAUGUCGUACCUGCAAAAGUACUAUCACAAGGGAGCGUUCUACAGCGACGAGGCCAAGGCGUACGGCCUGGAUAAGCGUGAUAUCAUGGGCAUGCGGAUUGCGGAUGAUGUCAAAGACCGCAGUGCGCUUCCGGAAUACCUGCAGAAGCGCGACAUGACGAAGUUGGGCAGGAAAGGUGCGACAAAAUACAAGGACCUUAAGAGCGAAGAUACCGGUCGGUGGGGAGAGUUUGACGAUCGCCGUGGAGGGAGUGACCGAAGGGGCUUCAACAGGCAUGAUGUGGAUGAACGGUUCCGACCGGACAACGACCGCGAGGUCAACGGUGCGAAUGCCAUUCCCUUGGGGGAUCGCAAAGCACCAGACGCUCCAAAGGGUGGCCGGUCAGACGGAUACAGAGACGAUGGUUCGAAGGACAGAGAUGGCAGGUACCGCUCUCGCGAUGAUUACCGCCGUCGGGAUCGGUCAAGGUCGAGGUCCCCGCGCCGCGACUCGCGAGACGACUACAGUGACAGGCGAAAGCGCAGUCCGUCCCGCGAGAGAGACCGCCACGAUGCUGACAAGCGACGGCGUGUGGGCUCGUAAUU